CAGAAGCUGGUUAAUCAUUUCAGCGAAUGGCACCUGUUGCGUGUUCAAAGGGAAGCCGGGAGGGCAGCGUUGGCGGCCGCGUAUUCUUACAGCCCUGGGUAAAUUCAAUAGGCUUGUUCAAAAAACUUGAAGCGAACAGCGAAGACAUCCGUCCGUCUUCUUUGCAUUACUAAAUAAUCAAGUUCGUGAAAAGCUACGGUUGAAUCGGUCUUCAGGGUUCAUACAAAUUGUGAGUGACCUAUUUUCAGUGUUUCAGGUUGUCCCCUGUGGGCCUCUGGGGGAAGAUGCGUCUGUUCUUCCUCCGCCGGCGCAUGUCCCCGCUGAAGCUGGCGCUGCUGGGCGGGACGGUCUUCAUGGUGGUGCUGGUGGUGCUGCAGCGGGACGUGGCCUCCGGGCCUUCGCAGCAGGACCCCUGGUUCCAGGAUCUGGUGGAUCGCAAGCAACGCGUGGUGGGCAUGGUCAUGGGCGCAGUCAACAACCUGGGCUUCCAGAUCGGGGCGCCGCAGCCUCCCUCGGGGCCCGAGCCCGAGCCCACCUUCAACCGGCAGUGCCCGCCGGGCUUCUACAGCCAGGCCGAGCUCCGGCCCGCGCUGGAGAGGCCUCCGCAGGACCCCCAGGCGCCGGGGGCCUCUGGCAACGCCUUCGCCACCGACAAGCUGACGCCAGAGCAGGAGAAAGAGAAGGAGGAAGGCAUGACCAGGCACUGCUUCAACCAGUACGCCAGCGACCGCAUCUCCCUGCACCGCAGCCUGGGGGAGGACACCCGGCCCCCCGAGUGUGUGGAGCGCAAGUUCCGCCGCUGUCCCCCUCUCCCCACCACCAGCGUGAUCAUAGUCUUCCACAACGAGGCCUGGUCCACGCUGCUGCGGACCGUCUACAGCGUGCUGUACACCACCCCGGCCGACCUGCUCACUGAGAUCAUAAUGGUGGACGACGCCAGCAUAGCAGAUCACCUGAAGGAGCAGCUAGAUGAAUACGUGAAACCCCUGAAGAUCGUGCGAGUGCUACGGCAACCGGAAAGGAAAGGCCUGAUCACCGCACGACUGCUGGGGGCCGGCCAAGCCCGUGGGGAGGUGCUCACCUUCCUGGAUGCUCACUGCGAGUGCUUCCAUGGCUGGCUGGAGCCCCUGCUGGCCCGUAUCGUGGAGGAGCCCACUGCGGUGGUCAGCCCAGAGAUAGUCACUAUUGACCUCAACAAUUUUCAGUUCCACAAGCCUGUGACCACAGCCCAUGCAUACAACCGUGGCAACUUUGACUGGAGUCUGACAUUCGGCUGGGAGGCCAUCCCCGACUAUGAAAAGCAGAAACGCAAAGACGAAACCUACCCAGUGAAAACUCCAACUUUUGCAGGUGGUCUGUUUUCCAUCUCCAAGGCCUACUUUGAGAAAAUUGGCACGUAUGAUGAUAAGAUGGAGAUCUGGGGGGGCGAGAAUGUGGAGAUGUCCUUUCGGGUGUGGCAGUGCGGGGGAACUCUGGAGAUUCUCCCGUGCUCAGUGGUGGGUCACGUCUUCCGCACCAAGAGUCCUCACACCUUCCCCAAGGGCACCGAGGUGAUCACACGGAACCAGGUGCGCCUCGCUGAAGUCUGGAUGGACGACUACAAGCAGAUUUACUACCGUCGCAACGCGAACGCUGCAAAGAUGGCCAAAGAGAUGCAGUUUGGGGACAUAUCUGAUCGCCUGAAACUCAGGGAGACUCUACAGUGCAAGAACUUCACAUGGUACCUCCAAAAUGUCUACCCAGAGGCCUUUGUACCUGACCUUACCCCUGUCAAAUUUGGAGCAAUCAAGAACUCUGGGUCUCAGAGCUGCCUGGAUGUUGGAGAGAAUAACUCCGGGGGGAAGCCAGUGAUUAUGUAUGUGUGUCACAACAUGGGGGGCAACCAGUACUUUGAAUACAGCUCUCACCAAGAGCUGCGACACAACAUUGGCAAGCAGCUUUGCCUGCAUGCCAAGAGUGAUGGCGUGACAAUCGAGCUGUGCCAUCUGAAGGGCAGGGGCACUCAGGUGGCUCCGGAGCAGCACUGGAUAUUUACAGAGGAGCAGCUCCUGAAGAACCCCUCGUCUGGACAGUGCCUCCAUCUCAACUCUGGCCGGCUGGUGAUCAGCCCCUGCAACGCAGCUGACCUGCAACAGCACUGGUCCUUCACUUGACCCUUGACCUCUUCCCCCCCCCCCCCCCCCUGCCCUGCCCCAUCCCACCCCACCACACCACACCCCCGGAGCCAGGCGGAGCCCUCCCCCUGGACUCAGACCUUGAGUGGCUAGACCACAAUCAGGUCCACACACACACACACAAGGAGCGGAAAAGCACGGGCGGCCAUCUCUGAUCUGAGAGGACCGUCUCGGCCUGGAUAAUAGGCAUUGUGCCGGCACCUUAUGAGUGACUUGAAUGACACGCUCUCAUUGGUAGAGUGGAACGGGGAUGGAGACUCAGGGAUUGUGGGUCAAUCCAGGGUAAUUUAUGCAAUGGAGGAAGUGGACUACAGUCCGCCGCUGUUCACCCCCCUCUCUCUCUGAAGAAGACCCCGUGGGCGUGGUCUCUUGCAUCUGUGCUGCUGCUGCUGCUGACACUCAUGCUGUUGAAAAGCUUGAUCACUUAAUCGAAGUGCUUAGGAGAUUAUGACAAAUGAAUAUUUUUGAGAUUUUCAUGUAUUUUGCAAAUAUUCAUUUUUUGAAAGAUGUUCAUAUCUCUUGCCAAGAAUAAAUGCCAUUUUUAUUUAA